GAGUACGUGGAGUACUAUGGAGGACCAGGAGUACAGCACAUAGCCAUGAACACUUCAGACAUAAUUACUGCAAUCACCAACCUGAAAGAACGCGGCAUGGAGUUCAUGUCGGUGCCCGACACGUAUUACGAACAGCUGAGGGAGAACCUGAAGGGGUCAAAAGUCAAGAUCACAGAGGACCUGGACGUCCUACAGGGCUUGAGCAUCCUGGUGGACUAUGACGACAAUGGAUACUUGCUUCAAAUCUUCACCAAACCCGUCCAGGACCGGCCCACGGUGUUCCUGGAGGUCAUCCAGAGACACAACCACCAGGGUUUUGGCGCUGGGAACUUCAAAUCCCUCUUCGAAGCCAUCGAAGCCGACCAGGCCGCCAGAGGAAAUCUGACCGUGCUGACGCCAAACGGAGACGCGCAGAACAUCUGA